UUAUCUAAUACCCUUUCGAUUGUAGUGUGCUAAAGGACUCGCGAAUCGUCGACCAUCAUUCUGCAUCAUAGUUGGCUGAUCUAGUAAAUUCGCGAAUCGUAUCAUUUCCGAUAAUACAAGGAUUAAACAAGUUGUUCUGGUCUCGAAUGAGAUUCGUUUAGGUAGGCAAAUAGUAUACCAGAAAUGUGUAUCUAGCGAUGGAAAAAGUUUUACGUCCUUGAAAAGUUAAUCAACGGAAACGAAUGAAUCUAUGUUUUGCAAAUUAAAAUCUGACUAGUUUUAGUUUGUGCAUUGGUGUGGUGUUCAUUUCGAAUAUACCGUGCUAUUUCUUAUUUGUAGUUUUUGUUAGCUUAGUUAUGAAUGUUUAAUUACAAUAAAGUGCAAGGAUAGAGUCGUAGACUGUGUUGUGUCUCAGCAUAAGACAGUUUUGUGCUAGGAAGAAGAACUGCGGGUCCGCGGGUAUGCGUAGAAGUACAUGAAGAGAACUUGAAAUAUAUACCGCCUGUAUACAUGCAACCAAAUUCCGAUACAUUCCGCGACGGUCACACAGCAUUCAUUCAGGGGCGACUAAAUUCUCACUAUGCUUUUGGGAGAGCGAGUGUGAGUGUUAAGGGAUGCUCUCAAUAAACGCCUGAUGAUCGCUGGUCGUCUGCUUUGAGUGGUAGCGUAAUACAAAAUAUGAGCCAUCUGUAUGCAUGCAGUUUGCAAAAACAAAGAUAACGUUGCAGUACAAGUGUAUGCGAGCCACUGCCAGACCAGAAGCUACUCUCUUUCUCCGAACACACAUUAACUUAUUGUUAUCUUUAACUUUGUUCUGCCGAAGUAGUAGCACAUAAACCCGAAAGUUAACAUUGGAAUGGUCUUCCGUCACAUCAGUGUUCGUCCUUACGCUUACUCAUCCGACUGAAAACUAUGACUUAAUGAGCAAUACUGUCAAGGCAACCUUUUCCGAGCACAUCAAGAUCAAAAUUCGUUGGUCAUCACCUUCAACAUCGUCUCCCAGUAGAUCGAACAGUAGAACACGCAGCAAAAUGAGCGACCGUAAGGCAGUGAUCAAGAAUGCCGACAUGGGCGAGGAAAUGCAGCAAGAUGCGGUGGAUUGUGCGACACAGGCUCUGGAAAAGUACAACAUCGAAAAGGACAUUGCCGCGUACAUCAAGAAGGAGUUCGACAAAAAGUACAACCCCACCUGGCACUGUAUCGUCGGUCGGAACUUCGGCUCCUACGUCACGCACGAAACGCGCCAUUUUAUUUACUUCUACCUGGGACAAGUCGCUAUCCUUUUAUUUAAGAGCGGUUAAAUUCGAGUAGUAGGAUUUUUCAUAAGUAGCGCGUAUUUGUUGUAUACAGAGAUGAUGAGCAGCUGUAGAGAAGAGGAAGAGGAGGUGGAGGAAGCAAAUCGAGCAGCAGCAGCAGUAGCAAGCAACCGCAAAGCAGGAAAACAUUCUAUUUACUAUUACUUCUACUAUUAUUAACGAAUAUUAUAACAACCAUUGCCCAACAACCAAACCGAUGACGUCAGUAAUACAACUGAACAGCAAAAAGGGCAGCUGAGACUAGACACGGCGGUAGGUGUGCGUGUGAUACACUCAAAAAAUAAAUAACAUUACUUUUAUGUGAUUAUUCACGUAAAUAAGUUGUUUUCAUUGUUAGAAGCAAACGACGGAAUUUCAACCAUCUUCGGAAACCCUGUAUAAGCAAAGCUAUUUGCAUAUUCAACAAACAAAUAAGUGCAGUAUAAAAAUCACUUUUGUCUGUUACAAUCCACCUAUUGUUCAAAUGGUGUCACUCUCAUCUAUUUGAAGUCUGUUGUAAUAUGAUUGACACAUUCUAGGUACGGUGGAAAAUGGGCUUGUACGAUAGUUUCAUAUGUGACACAAUCUCAGUCCGGAGCAGGAUGGUAGAUUUGAACGGAUAAGGUGAGGAUAAUAAAACCAAUGUUGUAGUAAUUGUUUCAGAUGUGAUGUGAUGCGACCAAACUGGCUUUGAAAGACAAUUUUUUAAAUAAUUGAAUACUCUUCAUAAGCCGCGUUCUGAACAUAAAACAAUUGCACUUUAUUACUUUGAUCGAACCACGAAUAGUCGUGAAUAUGGCGGAAGUGGUUCAAAGAAUACCUAAAAGAAACGUAGUUUAUCUUUUGAGUGUAUGAUGGCUGUACCGAAAGCGUGGUCCAGGGUAACUUUAACAAAAUCAGCGAGAGAAAACGGAAACAGCACUUCAGGUUGAGGUUCGAUUUGUAGUUUUAAUCACUUUCCGAACCAUAUAUAGGAAAAUCAAUGAAGACACGAACACUUUUGGUACGAAACGUCUUAUAAAAGCACUUUAGCGAAAAGAAGAAUAGAUAAUUGAUCCCCCAGUAAAGUCUUUGUUUGGAAUACUGAAUUAAUCCCUGAUUAGAACGAAUUUAGUUUUUAAACGUACCUACAAAUUUAAACACAUUUCGUUGAAACUGUUCGUCUGUUUGUUUGUUUUUAGAGUCACUUUAUAUAAUAAAUUGCUGAUCUUUGUUUACUGUUUGUGAACUAUUGAACCAAAACGCUAAAAAAUAACGACAACCAUAUUACUCGAAGUGGCACGAAAGCACUUCCUUUUAUCUUAUAAUGUUUUUAGGCACUUUUGUCGCGCUACAUCUUAGCAAUGACUCCAAUGAGAAAUCAAUUUUUUAUUCUCGUUGUUUGAGACCAAUCUGUAAACUCGCCUUUCUAUGCCCAUAGUGGUAUGUGUUCUCCCUUGAAUCUUUGGAAAGCAUCCUGUCGUUUUGUCAGUGUAUGUACGUGUGUAUCAAUCCCCGAUUAUGAAAUGUAAAAUGAAAUCAAAUUUACGCAUUUUUGACGAAUCAAACAUACUCUCAUAAUUCGUCCAAACAACUGACCGGCGGUUCAAACGUUUUGUGCGUUACUGAGUUAAUAUUUUGGAAACACACAGGUUAUUUACACACACACACACAAUCACACGCAGGUUACUAAUCACAUCUAGAGAGAGAGAGCAUCGAAUGACGAAACCAGGAAACCGUAGAUUGAUUUUAGACAGUCACAAAACAAACUGCAAGAUGGAACAGGAAAUUUCCCCAGUGAAUAUUGCUUGACAGAGUGGAGAAUAGAUUUAUUUUAUACAAUGACUCAAAAAGCACCAGUUGCCGUAGAAAAUCAUAAACCACGUGCGUGUCACUUCACAUCAUUAUUUGUUUCCAAAGAACCGUCGCAGUGCCGACAACAACGUUCAGAUAUAAUAAUUAAAAGGUUUAAAAAAAAGUACUGCACAGGCCGAAGUUCAAACAAUUAAUUUAACCGCAUAAAAUGUUAAGGAAAAUCCAACAGAUUUGAAUUUAUUCAGUCAAAUCAAUUUAUGUACUUCUCAUUAGCUAUUAUAUGAAUGGAAAUAUUACAGUAUUUUUGUGUAAAGAAAAUAAAACGCAGUGAAAACCAUGCCGAACAUAUUGGAGAUAGAUGCUAUUAAUUGAAAACUGAAUCGUAUAAAUAAAUAAAAAAAAACAGGAAACACAUUUCGAACCAAAUGUAAAACGAA